GAGAGAGAGGGAGAGAAGAGAGAGCGAGAGCGAGACACUGAGAGAGAGACAGAAAAAGACACAGAGAGACAGAGAUAGACAGAAAGAGACAAACAGAAAGCGAGACAGAGAAUGAGAGAGCGAGAGAGCUAGGCUACUUCAAAACUUUGCAGUGCCCCUUUCUGCUCCUCUUGUCUUUCUUUCUCCUGAUAUCUUUUGAUGCUGCUUACACGUUAUUAGCACAGAAAAGGCAUUAGACUAGCUAGGAAGAGGGCACCACUUUCACCCCAAUAAGUUUCUUUUCCGUUCCCCUUUCCCCCCCUCCAUUUCUUUCUUUUUCUUUCUUUUUUCUCCUCCUCCUCCUUCUUUUUCUUCUUCUUCUUCUUCUUUUUUUGGUGGGAGGUAGGGGGAGUCGAAGGGAAGGGGUUGCAAAGACAACAUCUCAGAGUGAUAGAUUGGGUGAAUUCAAGGCAUCUCUCUUUCUGCCAAGUCAGUCCGUUCUCUAAAGCCCCUCGUAGCCAGGCUAUAGGAGUUUAUUCUGGUUGCAGAAUAACUCUGGUGUGGUUUUGCAAAGGGGAGGAGGGGGAGAGAAGAGAGGUGGGCAAAAAAAAAAAAAGGCUGAGAGGAAAGAGAGGAUACGUGAAUCGUCCAGUGCAAACUCUAUUGUUUGAAACUCACUUUAUAUCAGAAUUUGAAGAUGAAAACGGUACAAAAAUGGCCCUACUUCUGCAAUUAUCCAGCCUAAUGCCUUACUGAUGAAAAUUUUUACAACGUUAUCUUUCUUUUUCAUUUUGGAUUGGAAAAAAAAAUGAAUCCAGAGAGAAGAGAAAGUACAGGAUGUUGGAAACGAGCACCUGCUAAAAAGUGGAAUAUCUAAUCAUUGAAUUUUCAAUAAAUAGCAAACAAAACUGUUAUGCAGCAAUUCUGGAGUUGUGUUAAUUCUCUAGCAAGUAGGUAGCCCUCCAACAACUCAUCCAAUUUUUUCUAAAUUAUGGAAAUUUUGUGGAAGACGUUGACCUGGAUUUUGAGCCUCGUCAUGGCUUCAUCGGAAUUUCACAGUGACACCAGGCUUUCAUACCGUUCCCAAGAGGAAUUCCUGUCGUACCUUGAACACUACCAGCUCACCAUCCCAAUCAGGGUUGAUCAAAAUGGAGCUUUCCUCAGCUUUACUGUGAAAAAUGACAAACACUCAAGGAGAAGGCGGAGUACGGACCCUAUUGACCCACAGCAGGCAGGAUCUAAGUUAUUUUUUAAACUCUCAGCCUAUGGCAAGCACUUUCAUUUAAACUUGACUCUCAACACAGAUUUAGUGUCCAAACACUUUACCGUGGAAUACUGGGGGAAAGAUGGGCCUCAGUGGAAGCAUGGUUUUUUAGACAACUGUCAUUACACAGGAUACUUACAAGAUCAACACAGCACAACUAAAGUGGCUAUGAGCAACUGCAUCGGGUUGCAUGGUGUUAUUGCUACAGAAGAUGAAGAGUAUUUUAUUGAGCCUUUAAGGAACACUACAGAAGAUUCUAAACAUUUUAGUUAUGAAAAUGGCCAUCCUCAUGUUGUUUACAAAAAGUCUACCCUUCAACAAAAGCAUCUAUAUGAUCACUCCCAUUGUGGUGUUUCAGAAGACCUCCCAAGAAGCAGCAAACCUUGGUGGUUGAAUGAUACUUCUGCUCUUCCAGCUUCCCUCCCAAUUAAUGACACUUUAAGUAGCCAUCUCAGACAGAAGAGAUCUGUCAGCACUGAGCGAUUUGUGGAGACGUUAGUCGUGGCAGACAAAAUGAUGGUGGGCUACCAUGGGCGCAAAGAUAUUGAACAUUACAUUUUGAGUGUAAUGAAUAUUGCACUAGCAAUAUAA